CUCACAGCUAUGGUCACGAAACGGUUUGGAGAUGAUGUAGCCAGCCAUCGUUAUCCUUAUGCUGUACGAAGUGUGCGAAGACGUGGCACACUUGAAGGCCACCCACAUUUAACUCUUGAGAUGCUUGAGGGAGACAAUUAUCGUCCCAUGCCUCCCCUAGAGACCGUCAUAGAAGCUGUCGGAGAAGCCCUAUUCACUGACAUUGCAUUCGUUGCAUGGAAAGGAAAAGUCCGUGAGUUUGGAAGAAGUAAUCUCGAGCUACUUAAGAGCAUUGAUCUUUCAAACAACAGCUUUUCGGGAAUACUUCCCAAUGAGAUCACCAGGCUUGUUGAAGUGGUGUCGUUAAAUUUCUCCUGUAACAAAUUUCACGGACAAGUCCCAGAAGAUAUCGGGCAGUUAAAAUAUCUUGAAACUUUCGACUUGUCAGGAAAUGAAUUUUCCGGAAGUAUUCCCUCCAGCUUGUCAUUGAUAGAUUCUUUAGGUUAUCUUGACCUCUCAAACAAUAACUUGUCUGGAAAAAUACCACUUGGGAAUGGUCGUAAACUUCAACAAUUCAAUUCUUCCUCCUACAAUGGUAACCAUCUACUAUGUGGACCUCCACUUACGCAAGAGUGUGGGUUUAUGCCUGUUGGUCCUGUUGAUGGAAAGCAAGAAGAUGACCAAGAAGAAGAAGAAGAACUUUGGAAAUCGUAUUACAUGGGAAUGGGUGUUGGAUUUGGUGCUGGAUUCUGGGGAAUUUGUGGCGCUAUAUUUCUCAAUCGUCGAUGUAGAUAUGUCAUGUUUGCAUCAUUGAGUCACGUUAAAGAUUGGAUAUACAUUUCAUUGGUUGUGUAUCUUCGAAAGUUGAAAAGGUGAAUCUGCGAGAGGUGUGGAGCUUAAGGAUUGGUGUUCGUAACACUAGUCUUCAACUUUUUUUUUUACUUAAAACUGGUGGUGGAAAACUGGGUUUGGCCUUGACGGGCGAUAAAACUCCAAUCUUAGACCUCUUCCUUUAUUUUAGUGGUUUUUCAUUAGUGUUUUUGAUGUUGUUUUAGUUUGUGCAUGAAAUAUAAAUGUGAUUAUUUGAUUUUGAUAUAAA